AUGCCAUAUCUCGAGACAAGCGCGGAAUGGUACGAGCAGUCGUCGCUGCUGCUCAAGGCGCGCCCUACUACCACACACAUAACCUCCAAAUAUACCGUUCUCAAGCCUAACGCGCGCAAGAUUAAAAAGCACACAAGGUACCUCGAGAAACGCGCCGCGCGCCCCGCCGACUCAUCACGGCCCACGUCAGAAGCACCCGCGGCAGACAGCGCGCUGGAACCAAAAGCGACGUUUGUGCUCAAGACGUAUGAUCCGGCCUCGGGGACAUGCUUGCAGUACCAGACAACCAAGGCUGCGGAGGUUGGCCGGUUGAUCGGUAGCCUGGGACGGUUAGGGAGACACCAGGCUGCGUUACCGGAGGGGAUGGAGGACUUGGGUGCGCCAGCUGAGGCAGCGGGGGUUUCAACGCCGAAGGUGGAGGAGGACGUGAAGAUGGCCGGGGCGCCUGCGGAACCGAAAGUGGGCGGUGGCGGUAAGAAGAAAAAGAAGGGUAAGAAAUGA